UCUGGAUAAGAUAGUUUUGAAGUGUUUGCCUACUAGUUCUAGUGUAUGGUGUCUGAUAAAUUGUCAAUAAUGUUUUUCCAAUUCUUAAAACUUCUGUUUUCUUACAUUUUUACAAUUUUUUGAAAAAUCUCGAUAACAACUCGAUAACUGAUUGUUUUAGGGCACGUUUUUCAAUUACUGUCUGGAGCAUUUAUGUAUAAAACGUCCAUCAGUCUAUCAGUCAGCCACAGUGUACUUUUUGCCAAUUCGUCUCAUUUAGUAGGCUUGAAAUGUAUAAACUAGCAGUUUUGUCAUUAAUCUUAACCAUAGCGUCCAAUGGGUUUACAGCAUUUAUAGGAUCGGAGGAUCAUUACUACGAUGAUUGUUUGCAUCCAGGAAGCAAUCCCGUAACUGUUUACGACAAAGAGGUCAGAGAAGAAGGUCAACUGCUAGUUACAAAAGAAGAUACUGUGAGAGUUCCGACCAGUGGCUUCACCGACAGUCCAAUCACCUGCAUUUCUGUAAUCAAUCAGGAAACAGACGAAAAUGGCGGAUAUGUAAGUGUUUUGACUGGAGGCGUUGGAAGCACAUUCGUUACCUUCCACUUUAAAUCCCAAUUGAGCAAAGGCUUUGACUUCCAAGUUAGUGUUUAUUACAACAACGCUACCACAGCUAAGGAUGUAACAGUGUGAUAAUUAUAAUCAAUAAAUGUAAUUACAAAUCUUUCGGAAUUUUCUUAUCGAGAAUUCCGAUAAAUGAGAUUUUCAGUAUUGAUGUCAAUCAACCAAUAAACUAUAAAUGAAAACGA